AUGGCAUUGGUUUCUGGAGGAAGGUCUUCACUGAAUCCAAAUGCACCUCUCUUUGUUCCUGCUGCUGUUCGUCAAGUGGAAGAUUUCUCUCCAGAAUGGUGGGACCUGGUCACCACUUCAGCUUGGUUUCAUGACUACUGGCUCAGCCAGCACAAAGGAGAGGACGGUUUUUAUGGCAGCAAUGUGAAUGAGUUCCCUGGCCAUGAUGUUGCUGAUCUGCUGCCUGAUACAAUUGAUGAGUUCGAGGAAUUUUUCCAGUCACCUGGAACUGGGGAGUCAGCAAAAUCAUCUUUCUCCACCAUGAAAGAUGGAAAUGGUUUAGUAAUGGAUGCUGAGGCAUUGAUGAAAGAUCUGAGUUUAUCGCAGCCUUUGAAGAGCAAAAGCCCAAACCACUCAGAACUGCCAAAGUAUUGGGAGCAGCCUCCAAAUCCAGUAUCCAUCCCCCGUUUCAUCCAGCAGCCCGUUGAGCCUCUGCCAAUUAGUACAUUGUUGGAUCUAUCCAGCAAGUCAAGGAAAAUGGUAGAUGUUGCUUGUAAUUUCUGUAGAAGAUGA